AUGCGGGUGAAACCGGGCGCGCUCAUGGCCCUGAGUCUUUUGUUGACCUUCCAGGACUGUCUGGCGGAUAUUUAUGAGUGCCUCAUGGUCGGUGCAUUUGCCCAUGAUGGCCUAGACGUGCGGGGCUCUCGGUUGGGCCCAGGGGGAGCCGCCACCAUUGCAUCCAACGAGUGGAGCGCCAACGGCAGCCCAGAGGAGGGCCGCGAGGAUGGGGCUGAUGGGCUGGACAAGGCGGGCAUCGACGGGGACGCCGAGGGCGUGUGGAGCCCCGACAUCGAGCAGAGCUUUCAGGAGGCGCUCGCCAUCUACCCUCCCUGCGGGCGCCGGAAGAUCAUCCUCUCCGACGAGGGCAAGAUGUAUGGUCGCAAUGAGUUGAUAGCAAGAUACAUUAAGCUGCGUACUGGAAAGACAAGGACAAGGAAGCAGGUCUCUAGCCAUUUGCAGGUUCUUGCGCGGAGAAAGUCACGCGAGAUUCAGUCAAAGCUGAAGGCCAUGAACUUGGACCAGGCUUCCAAAGACAAGGCCCUGCAAAGCAUGGCCGCUCUGUCCUCGGCUCAGAUCGUCUCGGCGAGCGUGAUGAAGAGCCAGCUGGCCCACAUGUCCCAGCCCCCUUACCCCCCACCUACCCGGUUUUGGCCUGGCCCCAUCCCAGGACAACCUGGACCUUCUCAGGACAUCAAACCAUUCGCACAAAGCCCGUAUCCCAACCUACAACCCCCUGUGCCCACACCUAUAUCAAGUUACGAGCCUUUAUCCACUCCACUCCCUCCGGCGGCGACAGCAGUACCAGUGUGGCAGGACCGGACCAUCGCCUCAUCCAAACUGCGUAUGCUUGAAUACUCUGCCUUCAUGGAGGUGCAGAGAGACCCUGACACAUACAGCAAACACCUUUUUGUCCACAUUGGGCAGACGAACCCCUCUUACAGUGACCCCCUCCUGGAGGCUGUGGACAUUCGGCAGAUUUAUGACAAGUUCCCUGAGAAGAAAGGAGGGCUGAAGGAGCUUUAUGAGAAAGGACCACAAAACUCCUUCUUCCUUGUUAAGUUUUGGGCCGAUCUAAACAGCAGUGGAAUCCAGGAUGGUCCAGGCUCCUUCUACGGUGUCAGCAGUCAGUACAGCAGCUCAGAGAACAUGACUAUCACAGUCUCCACAAAGGUCUGCUCCUUUGGGAAACAAGUGGUGGAAAAAGUGGAGACGGAGUAUGCUCGCAUGGAGGGUGGGAGGUAUCUGUAUCGGAUCCACCGCUCACCCAUGUGUGAGUACAUGAUCAACUUCAUCCACAAGCUGAGGCACUUGCCUGAGAAGUACAUGAUGAACAGUGUGCUGGAGAACUUCACCAUCUUACAGGUUGUGACAAAUCGAGACACCCAGGAGACCCUCCUGUGCAUAGCUUUUGUUUUUGAAGUGUCUACGAGUGAGCAUGGGGCACAGUACCAUGUCUACAGGCUUGUAAAGGACUAAUGCUCCCCAAGCAAUGGGCCACGGGCCUACCGGACUGGAAUCUAGCUCCUCUCCUUAUAAACUGCUUUCGGAGCAGUUACAAAAAACCAAACAAACACAGAACACAAAGGGAUGCCGAGCUCCGACAACGCUGACAUAGAGUGAAGCUGCCAAGAAAAAAAAAAUGAAAGUGUGUAUAUUUUAUAGAACAGUGGGUAUUUUUCUAUGAAAAUCACUGCAGGUUUUGUAAAAUAGGAACUUUAUAAAAUGGAAGAAAAGCAAAAAGGCAAGCAAUAUGAUGCACUAUGUUGUGUAAGGGCAAUUUUUUAUAAACCUAUUUAAGUGUUUGAAACUCGCAUAAAAGGUUGAAUUGGUCUCAUGCCUUAAAUGGAGAUAUGUUUUUAGGGAUGUUGCUUCUUACUUUUUUCAUAUGGAAUGCAGAAUUGAAAUAGUGACGUGAUUUUGUUUUUGUAAGAGGGUAAUUUAUGUUCUUUGUUAUGAUUUAGAGUCUGGGUAGUAGAUGGACAAAAGGAAACUCUGACAGCACAUUUCGAUGAGUUGCUCUCUCCUCAGACGUUCAGUCUGGAGUUUGAGAAUAGGCAGUUGGCAUGCUGAUGUCAUUAGCUAUCCAUUCGGGCAAUCUCUGGUGUAAAGUGCGAAAGACUUGAGUUUCCUGCCAAAAUGUUCCACUACCUCCUAACUUCAGACAGAGUGUACACUUUGAAGUGGUUCAUAGACUUUUUUGGAGGAAAACCAUGUUGACCUUGAUUGUGCGAUGGACAGAAACGAAGGUACGUGUUACAGUAAGAUAGGAUGCAGUGAGAUUUUAUUGGUGUGUUGUUGUCCGCAUCAGUGCAAAAGGGCAGCAGGUUGUCACUAAGUGACAACAUGUCAGUUACAGUACAUAGGGUUCUUGUCUCUUUUUUUUUUAAGCUUGACGUCUUUAACCAUUAUUGUUUUAACUGCAAAUGUGUCAGGUGACUAUUUCUACCUCCUGGUGUUGUGUAUUUACUAUGCAUGGCUGUAAAGGCCUUCUCAUCAUCAUCAUCAUCAACAACAACAUCAACACAGCUGUUUGUCUGCCAGGAGCCGUAAUCGGAGCCUGAAGCCUCAUGUUUUCCUUUGAGGGUUAUUGUAUCAGCUUUGAUGUGGGCACUGUGAAUUUCUAACCAGGGUUUGUGAAAUACACAAAAGAAAUUGACAAGCCACUGUCCUUGGGAACAUUCAAAACAUUUGUCAAAUUGGGUGUCAGUGGAGACAUGAUUAUAAAAGUAGAAUUGAACAAAGUACAACAAAUGGAAGUACAAUGAAAGAUUUAUUUGAAAGUUUCCAAAUUGUGUUCUAGGAUUGAACAAGUAUCAUAUAUUAUGAUACACUAUUUUCUCUCUGCCAGUUCCUGAAUUUGACACAGAAAAAAAAGUAUUAUUGUUUUUUUUGUUUUUGUUUUUUGUUUUUGUUUUUUUGUUUUGUUUUAUUUUUUCAGUGUAUUUUUUUUACAGUACCCUAAAUGUGCAAAGGCACUGUACACAACAUUGACCUGUUUAGCAUAAUGUACAGUGCUGUGCAAAUGUUUUAGGUACUUGUAAACAUAGGGAAGCUUUGAAAAAUAAUAUUGAUAUUUUUUACUUAUCAACUAAUAUGAUAGAGUGCAGUAGUACAGUAAACAAAACAAACAAACAAAAAUCAAAUAAAGUCAAUAUUUGGUGUGACCUUUUUAAACCAGCAUCAUUUUACCUGGGUAAAGGUUUGCAAUGUACUUGGCAGGUAGGUUGUAUCAAGCGUUUCGCCACAGUUUUUCAGUGAUUUGUUGAUUCUUCCUUGUCUCUUCAUGCAAUCCCCAAGUUACACUGGUUUCUCAUGUCCUUUCAUUUUUGUUUCUGCAAUGAUUUGCAACUUUGUAUGCCAAAUGUAUGUCUCACUGGAAUAUAUUAAAAAGGUAGUCAAUCUAUGAAAAUUGACACACAAAUUCUAAAAAUGAUAGAAAAUAAGACAGAUGUUUUGUGAAACUAAAAAGUGCCUAAACUUUUUGCACAGUACUGACACCAGUGUCAACUACCCUAUGGGUGGGUCCCUGAGAAGCACUCAGGGUUGUUCACAAGUGUGACUUGACAUAAGAUAUGUUGUUCUUUACUGAAGAAAAAAAACAAAACAAAAGUUAGAUGUCUCUAACCUAUGUUUAUUGUGGGCCACAAAUGUAUCAAGGUAUGGCUAUUUGUUUUCCAUUUCUGUGGCUCAGUGAGAUUAUUAUUGUUGUUGUGCUUCAGCCCAGAGCUGAAUGAAACACCCUUACGUUUGUCAGCUUUUAAAGGCCUUAUUUCUCCAGAAAGUAUCAUGUCUAUUCACCAUGUAAGGUCAACCCUAGAGUGACUAAAACAAUACUAUACUAAACCAGAAAUAGCCUAGGAUGGGCCCUCUGUGUACUAUCAUAAAUUAAUGACCACACUUUGUCAGUCUAACAAUUUAAUUUUGAAACUCUGGAUUUAAGCUAUUACGUCAGUGUAUUUUUCCUGUGUGAUGUUGCAUUCAACAUGGUCUAGCUGUUGCCCAUUUUGUAUAUUUUUUUCAUUUACCAUUUAAUUUUUGCCUUCAUGCAUUGGUGCUUUCAAUACCAUUGGUACUCUUUUGUUUAUAUUUUGAGGGUGGUAACAUUAAACUGCGUUUUUUGUUGAUAUACCAAUAAAAUUGCAUGGCUCGAUUGGGCCAUUGUUUGCUGGCAACAC